AUGUCUUUCGUGGCAGCAUGGCCUCUCGCCAGUUUUCUCGUGCGAAUCACCUGGCGUGGCAUCCCGAUGCUCAUGACCACUCUGGUGACACCGUGGCUGACGUUACCCCUGGGCGCCUUUGUUCACGACAAGGUCAACUGCAUUGAUGGAUUCGAUUGGGAGGUACACUUUGCGUUUGCUUUCGUGAUUUGCAUGAAGUCAAUGUUUUGGUUGCUCUUCUACCAGCACGAACACAGUGCGUUUGCACGAGUGACCACAUAUGUCUUCUACGUUAUGGCGGAGCUUGACAUGUACACGGAUGCCAUGUUUAUCGCCAUCGCGACUACGUGUGGAUCGUGGUACGGCCAUGCAGCUCUUCUCACCUACGCUGGUGGAGUUGUAGCUCUUCAGCUGUGCAUACCGACCCUUUUCAUUGGAGCCAGUCAAGGGCAGAGUGGACAAGUUGGGGCAAUGUGGAAUUUGCUCUUGUUCCCCGUUGAGUCAGCUCCAAGGACAAGACAAAAAAAGGGCUACGUGCCGCUGGAUCAGCAGUUCGAGAUCAACGAGGCAGAUGCCAAACGACAAGUGAUGGUCUUGGCAGUGCUCCGCUGCCUCGGCGAGGAUUUGCCGCAAUGUGUUCUGCAGUAUCUAUUCACCAUCAAUGUGAAGAAGAACCCUCUCAUCAUGUUCAGCAUCGGCACCAGCGUGUGCUCUUCGGUCUUUGCAGUAGCAAAGGCGCCGGUGAUCGUGGUGAUCAACCAGAGAUGGAGCCUCAUGAAGCUCUUGCGCAGCCAUGGCAGUACCAGCGAGUUGCUGCAACCCCCACGGCUGCAAGUGGGGAUACCAAGUGGCUUUCGGCGGAGGAGCCUCUCACAAGACGAGACAUGGAGCCGAUCGAAGGCGCUCUCCCGGUCCUUGAGCGGGAGUUGUGGUGCAUCUCCAGCCAGCAGCCGUGGCAGUGAGCAGGAUUUCUUCGGCUCCUCGAGGCCGUUGCUCACGUCGAGGGGUGAUGCACUGGAUCUCAUUUCCUCGCAGCCCCAAAGCGCAUUGCCGCCCUGCGUCCUGCAGCAAAUUGCGCAGAGCAAGGACUUCCCGGUGGGUCGCGUGCUCUUCUUGCAGGGCGACCUCGCAGGUGCCUGUUACUUGAUGCUCUCCGGCAACGUGGGCCUCUCUAUGGAGUAUGAGGACAGGGAUGCCAUGCAUUUUGCGAUGGCGGGCUUGUCUCUGCACUCCAAUCAACGGUGGGACACCGAGCCGAGCGAGCCACCGGACACCGCUCCGGAGGGGCCCUGGCCCCUCGGACCGGACAACCAGCUGGUGGUGACCAGUGCGGUGCCCCAGCUGCCCAUGAGGCGUUCGAAGAGCAUGUUCAUCACCGAGCCGCCCAUCGGACUUCGUGAGGAGGGGGGACAGCUGUUCGACGGGGGACAGCACUCCCUUGAGACCGUGCAACUGCAGACCGCUGAAGGCUGUACUCACUCCGUCGAGGCACCGGACGCGCGGACGCGCGGACGGGACGUGAGGAGAACGCUGGGCCAUCCGGAGCGGCCUCUGUGGCCGCCCUACCCGCCACGUGGCACGCGGCACUGGGUCGCCCAGGCCAUGAAAGAGGAGCAGAAGCUAGCAUUGGAGGAACGCUUGGCGUUCCUCGAGGAGCACCUGCCAGGGAUGCGCGAGGCGCUGGCGACGGGAGAGCGGGCCUCGCCCAAAGGGAAGUCCGCCAUCUCCUUCAAACAGGCGGACUUCCGCACUGACUGGGCGGUGUUCCACAGGGGCCACGUCUUCCUACGGCAGAACGAGCCGGCAGAGGGCGCAGUGGAGUUCCUGCGCUGCGAGCUCAUGGCGCCGCUGGGCAGCGGAACGGACGGCCGUCAUGACGGACGGCUUUGUCUUCCCAAGUGGAUUGGCAUGGAUUGGCCAUCAGUCCAGUCCUGGGGAUUUGAGCCAAGAGGCAACAAGGCGUCAACUGAUGCCAUGUUCAAGGAACUGGACAUGAGAACCAUGGAAGAAGCCUGCGAAGUGGUGAUCUUCGACGUGGGCGGCGUGGUGGCCGACUCGCCGAUCAAUGCCAUCCGGAUUUGGAUGGAGAAGGAGAUUGAAUGGGUACAUGUUGGACACGACUUGGUGGAUGCCCUGGAGGAAAUUGGAGAAGACUUGGGUGACGCAGUUCCCAGCCGAGAUAAGAACCCUUCAUUGAUCCGAAAUCCGCGGAAGCGCUUGACUCAUCCCUUUGACUUGUCGUCGCCAGGGAAUUCUGCCGGGAUCGGGGUCUCGAAUCGGGACGACCACUCGCGCGGCCUAGGGCAGCGCGCCACGAUUUACCUCCGCUGGGCCUUGGGCGUCCUCUUUCUCACCUUGGUGGCGGUGCUCUUCUCUUUCCUCAGUACUUGGCCCAACCCGAUCACCGUGCUGCGGCGCGGCUCGCAACGCGCUUUCGGCGCCGGCUUCGUGACGCUGAUCCCGUGGAUCCUCUUCGGAGGCCGCGCGACCUGCCAAGCACGACGAGGGCCAUCGAUCACCGUUUGGGGCCAAGGCUUCGAAGAGCAUUGGCUCGACAUGCAAUUGCGACUGAGCUGCACCUGGGUGAUGAUUCUCAUUGCGAUCUAUAUCACCCUGGGCGAUCAUCCACCCUCCACGCACAUUCGUCAGAUCUCCCGCUGCAUCUACUUCUUGUGCUUUGGAAAGCUGAUCCAGGUGAUCCCGUCGAUGGUGGACUCUUGCCACGUACCCAAUCUCAAUGCCGAAGGCUACCGCCUUGAAACUUCACCGGACGCCGUGGUGGCCAAGGUGUCCUCCGUCUUCGGCCUUGCCACCAGUUAUGUGGGCGUUAUCUGGUUCAUGCAGCUUGUCGUCCAGCGGCUUCUCGCAUUGGAAGAAGCCUUUGGUAAACGGCUGCCUUACAGCCGUGCAAGCUUCUGGCUAUCGCGAGCUUUGACACCUUGGGUGGUGCUGCAAGGCUUUGCGCUCUACUUCUCCCGCGUACUGGUGCUUUUGAUCGCCAUCAGCUUGACCAUAGGGAUCAAAGUCUUGGCCAUGCUGCUCUGCAUCGCCUACCAAAGGCCGUUGCAGUUCCUGCACCGCGCGCUGAAAAUGGCCGAUGAUGACGAUGGCCUUGCACAAGAGAUGCGGAAGGAGACGCGCUUCGCCAUGAAGUUGAUUCGCAAGUCACAGAUCGCCAUCUUCUUGGGCACCACGGGAAUGGCGUUUUCCUUCAUCUCCUUUGGCCUGGAGUCCAUGUUGCAAGACAAGAAUUGGUCUCUCGUCUACGUGGUGGCCUCAUCCCUGGACGCUCUCAGCAUCGUCGGCGGCCUGGCCAUGCUCUCGGGCGUGAGCGUCUUCAAGAGGUCUCCGCAGUUGACGUCGCGCAGAAGUUCGUUGACGUCGCGACGGCAGGACUGUGACAGCUCCUGCUCUUGUGAGAAGCAGCAGAACAGGCCCUGCGAGCAAUGCCGCUGGCAGGCGAAAGUGGCCGAAUUGGCUGGACGGCGCGUUACGGUGGAGGAACUGCUGGAUUUCUACCUACAGCUGGGAGGUGAUGAGGCGAUGCCCCACUUCGACCCCGAGACAUCCACCACCAACGACGUGGUGCGCCAGAUGGUAAUACCCUCCACUUUGAAAGAGGAUGGCUUCGGCUAUUCCUACGCCGAGCUUUGCGAUGACAGGACCAAUGCCAAGCUUCUCACAGCCAGUGGCACCCCGCGCACGGCGCGUCGCACGUCCCGGUCGUCGAAGACGGGGCAGUGCCCUCGGAUGGUGACGCACCACUGGUCCAACCGCUUUCGGGAUCUCCUGGCCGCGGUCUUGGCGGAUGCACUGAACUUGAAGCGCUGGGACAAGCUGGCCGAACGUCUGAUGGCGCGCAAAGGAGAGGAGUUGAAGGAACAGCUCUACGGCCAAGGAUCCCUCCAUCAGGAGUACUGGAUCUGUGCCUUUUGCAUCAACCAACACGCCUCCAUCUGCAGCAACGCCUUCGGAGCCAAAGACACCGCCACCGGGCAAGCGCUGCCCUGCUGCGGAUGUCGAACGCCCAAAGUGCUCAAUGACCAGCCCAUUGACUGUGAGAUGAACAAGUUCGAUAACAUGAUGGCAUACCUUCAUCAAGAGUUUGACGGCUUCCUGCAAGUUGUUGCUAUUGACAAUGACUUCCAGAUCUUCUCCCGCGCCUGGUGUGUUGCGGAGCUGGUCCAGGCAGAUGCCAGUCAUUUGGAGCAACACAUGGUGAUCCAUUCGCCCGAUGCACUGGAGGCGAACAAAUGGCAGCUGAACCACAUCCGGGUGGAGGACUGUCAGGCUUCAAGACCCGAGGAUAAGCAGACCAUUCUGGCGAAGAUCGGUUCCCCGGAGGAGGUGCAAAAGUUCAAUGAACACUUGCACCUCAUCCUUUUGGGCAAUGGAGGCCUUCUGGCUUGCUGGAUGGACGGCCAACGGCUGCUGCAGGAAAUCGGCGCCAUCUCUGCCCGCGCGAAAGCUCGUGUCGAGCGACAAUCUCGGGUCCAAGCGAUUCCCCCUGCAGCGCUGGGGGCGAGCUCGGUGGCCGGUGACGAGAAGAGCGGAGAGGUCCUCCCCACCUUCAUGCUUUGA